AUGGAUGUUUGUGCUAUAAAUCAUCUCUUUGUGAGAUCUUCAUUCACCGACAAUGUUGUAAGCACCGCCAACAGUUUUAAACAUUGGGAUACAUGUAUGAACAAUACAGCAUGCAAAGUCAUAGCGAUUGUUGGUAUAUGCUUAGCAGCUAUAACUGCCAUUUGGUUGAUCGGUGCUCUGCUUACAUGUUUUAGGCAAGGCGUUACAGGAAUCGGCCAGUUCUGUUGCUGGUGUUGUAGGUGUGGUCGCAACUCUGCAACGGUACCAAGGAAUGAGGGAAUGUACAGAAAUUCAAUGGCUCCACCUCCAGCCACAGUAGUAUAUCAACCGAUUCAGCAGCCGGAGUCCGCAUAUUAUAGAAAUAGAGAUGACUCCUUUUAUGAUGAAAGAAUCAAGUCCAAGUCUGAGGAUGUUUUCGAGCUUGAACAGGAUUUUGAUCUAGAGAAACAGAGGGCAAAGUCUACUAAAAGACAUAGACUACCGUUAGUCACAAAUGAUCUUGCUGACGAACAAUCAGCUUACAGACCGUCUGAAAACUAUGCAACGAAUCCUUGGCAGUCGAUCAAUGAUAACCUACCUGCCAAUAGUCGUAGAACUGUCUAUCCGACAGACGACCAAUCAUAUCAUGGAUACAAUUACUAUCAUGGCGGCUAA